AGUGGAGCGGAAGUGACAGUACAGUCGGGAAGAGGUCCCUAACCCUUAGCAAAGCAAGCCAGUACCAGGACACCAGCUUGGCACAUAAAUUUCGUCUACAUUUACAAGUAACAUUGUCCACUAUGUCCGCAAGAAAUCCGGGAAUGGACCUCGACCAUGAGUGGGUCUCCAAGGUGCGUGUGAAUACCCAGGCUGUUCUGAAGAGAGCCCAGCAGAUCCAAGGACAUAAGCUGUCCAAAAAACAAUGGCAGGCUGCGUGGUUGUUAAGGGCAGUGACGUGCAUCGAUCUAACGACCCUCGCCGGCGAUGACACGCCGUCCAACGUCCACCGACUGUGCUUGAAAGCAACUCAGCCUGUCCGUCAGGACCUGCUAAGGAGCAUGGACAUGCACGACAAAGGUGUGACAACUGCUGCAGUGUGUGUAUACCCAUCCCGCGUGGCAGACGCUGUCAAAUCACUGAAAGCUGCCAAUUCAAGCCUACCUGUUGCCUCAGUUGCUACUGGUUUCCCUGCCGGCCAAACGCCUCUAAAGACCCGUCUGGAGGAGGUGCGCAUGGCGGUGGAGGAUGGCGCCAUGGAGAUUGACAUUGUGAUCAACAGGACCCUGGCUCUCACAGGACAGUGGCAAGCUAUGUACGAUGAGAUUCGUCAGUUCAGGGCAGCCUGUGGGGAAGCUCACAUGAAGAGCAUCCUGGCUAUCGGAGAGCUGGGCACCUACACCAACGUCUACAAAGCCAGCCUGGUGGCCAUGAUGGCUGGAUCAGACUUCAUCAAGACUUCCACUGGGAAGGAGUCCGUCAAUGCUACGUACCCCGUUGCCAUAGUGAUGGUUAGGGCCAUCCGUGACUACUUCCUGCGCACAGGCCAUAAGGUGGGCUUCAAGCCAGCGGGGGGGAUCCGCACGGCGCAGGAGUCCCUGGUGUGGCUCACCCUGAUGAAGGAGGAGCUGGGGGACGAGUGGCUCAGACCGCACCUCUUCCGCCUGGGGGCCAGCAGCCUGCUGGCCGACAUCGAGAGGCAGGUGUACCACUACGUGACUGGACGUUAUGCAGCCUACCAUGAGCUGCCCAUGGCUUGAACCCGUCUCGGACAACAUGACAACAUCAACCUCCAACUCCUCAACCCAGCUCUCACUGUUCAGAUGACAAUGUUACACACACACCGAAACUGAGGCUUCAGAAUUGCUACUGCAGGAUUUGUGAAAGAAUAUGAUCUUGUUUUAUAGGAAUGUGACCAAAUUACGUGAAGGAAGGACAGUGGGUUGAAUACAUGCCUACAUGUCGUUUUAUUGUAAUAUUUCACUUAAUGUUCUGUGCCUUGGCAUGCUACACGUGAACCAGUGUAGCUUCAGUAUGUCAGUUGUCAUACAAUCAAAUGUGAAUGAGUAAGUCCUUGAUGACUAAUAAAAAAGCGAAUGACUAGAGAGAGAUACGGAUGUAGGGUUGUUUAAAGAAUAAUAUAUUAUCAAAAUAGAACAGUAUUCAAUGAUACCCAAUUCAGUUUUGUUUGAUUUCAGUAAUAUAUGUACAAAAAUGCGUUUGGAAAGAUACAGAUCUUGCUAAAGGCUGAUAAUAAAAAAACAAGAGCCAAAUCAGUGAUGGUUAAUCUGAAUGCGUUGUAUUUAGGGACUUAUUUAAUGGAAAUAAUGACUUUUGUUAUGGUGCAUGCAUCCCACUUUAUGCGCUCCACUUUACCCUGCUCAUAUAUUUCAGCUAACAUCCCCCAAGGCUUAUGUACCCCUUAUCGUGAACCAGAUCUGCUGUGUUCUGACUGAAUAUUCAUGGUGUGAAUGAUUUUCAGUGCUCCCACCUGUUCCCGGGACAGCAGUGGAAUAUGUUACUGGGCUUCCUUUGGUCUAAUUUCAUUAGCGAGAGGCCUCGCGAACAGAGCGGUGUCGGGGAUUAAUUAGGGGUUAAGUGAGUUUAAAUGAUGUGAUUGAACAGCUCCCAAAUUCGAGGCUUCAUUUGAAGAUGGAAAACUUUCUUCUCCUUUUCUUUUCUUCUUUAAUUAAGAUAUCACAGGCCCUGACCUUGACUGGAACAGAGGAUGGAGCAAGUGAAUUAAUUGUGGAAUGGGAUACGAGGCGUUGGAGGGACUGAGCAGGUUGAGUGGAAAACUUAGGAGGGGGUGAGAGGGGGUGAGAGGUAGAGUCAGGAUAGAUGGGCUGGGAAUAAGAAUCAGUGCUGGGUGAAUUUAUGCUAGUUAGGAUUCUUUUUCCCCCACCGCAGAAGAGUAAUCCCUUUGUACAUGGAUUCUCUGCAACUUGACUGAAUGAAUGACCUGUUCUAAAUAAUCGAAUAAAAGCUUUUGUGUCAAGA